UGAAUGUGAAUAAAUAUGCACUUCUUAGAUUACUAGAGAAGACCGGAACAGUAAUACUAAAAGUACAAUUGAAAUUUUUGUUCAUGACAGCCUAUAAAAUCUGCAAGUUGGGUGAUGAAAAGCUGUGGAUGUGUGUAUACAAAUAGAGGGUUGGACACAUUUUCUGAAUAUAAAAUAAAUACAAAUAAAUAGACUAAAAAAUGUGCUAGAUUAAGAACACAGGCAGCUUUAUGAAGUCCUCAUUUAUGAAAUAUAGUCUGAGUACAGAGGCAUAUGAGAACACUCCCUUGGGAAGGUUGAUGACAGAGGAAGGAAGAUAGGGUGGAGAAGAGGAAAGGAAAGCAGAACUGUAAAGAAUAUGUGGGAAUCCAGUGCAGGCCAUUGUAAGAAAAAAGUGAAAGCCAUUAUAGUUUAAGAAGGCAGAGUUCAGACAUACACAAAUAUCAAAACAGACCUAGAAUUCAGGAAGGAGAGAAACUUGAAACAUGAAGGAAAUGAAAGAGGUACUGCUGAUGGAUCAGAUCUUUCAGUUUUAAGGAAACCUCAUUUCAGAAACAAGAACUUUAGAUUUUGUAUCGAGGGUAUGCAUUUCUUGUUUCAAGGCGUUGGCUUGAGGUCGUACUUGGACUCUCAGGUCAGGAUUAAUAAUUUGGAAAGAGCUGAGGAAAUUCACUCUUGAUUGAGGAAGUCUAUGAAAUGAGUUCAGUAGACACUGUCCCAGAAUGGUAGUGUGGGAAUUGCAGAACACUGUUAGUAGCACAGUCUCCCUGGUUUGUGGUUCAGUUUCUUCUCUGAAGAUAAGACCUUCAUGUUUGGAACUGUAAUGGAUAUUAUUGGUGAAAUUAACCUGGAUUUACGUGAUUUAUUACAAAGAACCAGAUACAAUUGUCUGCCAUCAUUGCAAAUAUUAAUGAAUUAUUGCCAAAUUUAAACGUAUUGCUUAUAGUAAAAUCUACUAUAAGUAUUUAUAAUCUAGCACUUGCCGGAACACUAUUUUAAUGCUAAUGAGGGCUUACAAAGUUCUAACGUACCUUACAAGGAUUAUUUUAAUGUAAUCGAAAUGCUGAGAUGUAAAACUGGAUUAUUAAUACUAUGGACGGCAUCAAGCCUGAUAAAUUAUACUACAGCAGAACCUGCAAAAUGCACAGUGAAUCUGACCGAAAACUACACCUUUACUGACUCAAUUCAUCUCAACUGGACAAGUUCUGGACAUCAGUGCAAUUUCAGUGUCAUGUUCAGUGUUAGGAACUCAUGGACUACAGUUUGUGUUUCAUCUCUUCCUCUAAUGGAUCCUAAAGAGUUCUACAGCUGCAGACUCCAGGAUUUGGAACCAGGAACUUGGUAUCAGUUGAGAAUUUUAUCUGACAGAGAUGGGGUGAUGGCCAAUAUUUCUCUUCAAACAGAUCCUGCUGGUCCUACAGAGUUUGCUGUUUUUAAAGAAAACACAACUUCCACCAGUUUGAUGGUUCAGUGGCUAUCAUCACUAGGAACGGUAGACUGGUAUAACAUAUCACUAUUUAGACUGGGGGAAGACAAUGCUCAGACCUUUCUGGCAUCAGUGAAUACAUCAGAGAAGAAUGUGACAUUUAAAGAUCUUGUGCCUGGUAAUAAAUAUAUGAUGACCAUUACUGCUGUUGCUGGAAAUAAAAGUUCUGUUGCACACUUUACCACUGGAUCAACAGUGCCAUCCUCCGUAAAAAUGCUUCAAGUUUCUGGAACUUCCAACAACCUCACUGCUUCUUGGCAGCAUGGCGCUGGCUACGUAGAUGGGUACACUGUGGUACUAAUGGACACGAAGAAUCUUGUACAGCAAACUGAUCUUAGCAGCCAUGCCACAUCAUAUAUGUUCUAUAAUUUAAUUUCUGGACAUGCAUACAACCUGACAAUCAGAAGUAAAGCUUGGGGACUAGAAAAUCACAUCUUCACCUUGUUCAGAACAGCUCCUGCAGCAGUGUCAGAUUUGGUCCUGUAUGACAAUGGUAGUCCAACAUCUCUCAAAACAACCUGGAAACAGCCACCUGGACAUUUGGACUAUUAUAAAGUGACUCUGUUUCAUGGGGAUUUGAUCACUGAAACAAGGACUUUGCCAUCCAAUUACUCAGAGGCUGUUUUUAGUUCAUUAACACCAGGACAAAUCUACAAUGUUACCAUCAGCACUGUAAGUGCAGACCUGCAAACUGCAAGUACUGCAACUGGAAGGACAGCUCCUGCAGCAGUGUCAGAUUUGGUCCUGUCUGACAAUGGUAGUCCGACGUCUCUCAAAGCAACCUGGAAGAAGCCACCUGGAAAUCUAGACUCCUAUAAUGUAAUUCUGUAUCAAGGAGAUACGAUCACUGAAACAAAAGCUUUACAAUCCUUCUACACAGAGCUUGUUUUUAAUUCAUUAACACCUGGACAAAUCUACAAUGUUACCAUUAGCACUGUAAGUGGAGAACUGCAAGCUAAAACUACAGCAACUGGAAGGACAGCUCCUGCAGCAGUCUCAGAUUUGGUCCUGUUUGACAAUGGUAUUUCUCAGUCUCUCAAAGCAACCUGGAAACGGCCACCUGGAAAUAUAGACUCUUACAGUGUGACUCUGUCUCAUGGGGAUGUGAUCACUGAAAGAAGAACUUUACCACCCUCUGACACAGGUGCUGUUUUUAGUUUAUUAACACCAGGACAAAUCUACAAUGUUACCAUCAGCACUGUAAGUGGAGACCUGCAAGCUAAAAGUACUGCAACUGGAAGGACAGCUCCUGCAGCAGUCACAGAUUUGGUUCUGUCUGACAGAGGUAUUCCACAGUCUCUCAAAGCAACUUGGAAACGGCCACCUGGAAAUAUAGACUUUUACAAUUUGACUCUAUCUCCUGGUGAUAAGAUCACAGAAAGAACUUUAUCAUCCUCAGAAACAGAGGCUGUUUUUAAUAGAUUAACACCUGGACAACUCUAUAAGGUUACCAUCAUCACUGUAAGUGGAGAACUGCAAGCUAAAAGUACAGCAACUGGAAGGACAGUCCCUGAUAACGUUACUAAUGCAAAGCUGAGCAGUAGUGAUUCACUGAGAUCGCUGAAGGUGAAUUGGCUUCCACCCAGAGGUGUGUGGGAUCAGUAUCGCAUUAUUUUGCUAAACCAAUCUACUGUGAUCCUGAAUGUCACUGUUGCCAAAACCCAGAAGGAAUAUGAAAUCAAAGAUGUGGGACUUAUUCCAGGAAGGCUGUAUGAUGCUGCUGUAAUUGUGGAAAGUGGGCAUUUGCAAAGCAGAGUCUAUUGCUCUGGAAGAACUGCACCUCAGCCAGUCCUACAACUUCGUGUUAAGCAUUUUAAUGAAUCGUCCCUUAGUGUCAUGUGGGUGACUCCAGAGGCAGAGUGGAACAGUUACACGGUUUCAUUAAAGGACACAAUCACAGAUGUCAAAGUCAAACAUAUAAUUCUUCCAAAAUGGGCGAAAGAAGUCACGUUUCAUGAACUGAUACCAGGACGAAAAUAUUUAGCCACUGUAACAACAAUUAGUGGAGAUUUAAGCAACUGGACUGCAGUGGAAGGAAGAACAGAACCAGCACAGGUAGCUAACCUCAAUGUGACAAAUCAAGGGACAACAGACAGUCUUCACAGCAGCUGGCUAAGACCUUUAGGUGAUGUGGACUAUUACCAAGUGCUUCUGAUCCAUGAACAUAGUGUCAUCAAAAACGAAAGUGUUUCUCGUGAAUCAAGUGCCUACUCAUUCCCAUCUUUGAAACCAGGAGGUCUCUACUCUGUCGUUGUCACCACUGUUAGUGGUGGUAUGUCCUCCAGGCAGGCAAUUGCUGAAGGAAGAACUGUUCCUUCAAGUGUGACUAACCUACUGGUCAAUAACCAUGGUCGGAGUGAUUACCUCGGUGUUUCAUGGAUCCAGCCUUCAGGGGACAUGGACAGCUAUCUGGCAUCCAUCUCUGAAAAUGGCAAUGUUAUUCAGUCUUUACCCAUUCCUAAAUCCAGCAGUGAAUGUCAUUUUAGUUCUCUUGUCCCGGGAAGGCUUUACAAUGUGACAAUACUUACAAGAAGUGGGAAGUUUGAAAACGGCACCACUGCCCAGGAGCGUACCAUGCCUUCACCUGUUCAAGCACUCACUGUUAGCAAUUUUGCGAGAAGUGAUUAUUUAAAGGUUUCCUGGCUCCAUGCCAGAGGUGAUUUUGACUACUAUGAAGCAACCAUUAAAAGCAAAAAUGAUUUUAUUAAAACCAAAGUGGUAGCAAAAACAGAAAAUGAGUGCAACUUCACUGACUUAGUCCCGGGUGGACUAUACAGCAUCACUAUUGGCACAAGAAGUGGGAAGCAUAAAGCAGAGGCAAUGGCUAAUGGAAGAACUUUCCCAGAAGCUGUAAUGAACCUAACAAUCGCUGACCAAAGCACAGAAGAACUUCGAGUCACGUGGUCACCAGCAAAUGGCGAUGUGGACCAGUAUAACGUGCAGCUGCUCUUCAAUGACAUGAUAGUCUUGCCACCAAUUAGACUGAAUAACACAGCAAGGGAUUGCAGGUUCACAUCACUGACAGCAGGACGAAAGUAUAAGAUAGUUGUUUCAACGUUCAGUGGCGAAGCACAAAGGGCUACAUUUGUUGAAGGACUAACAGUUCCAAGUGCAGUUAAAAAUAUCAAUGUUUUACAUUAUGGAACCAACAAGCUUAAGGUGAGCUGGACCCGUGGAAGUGGUGAAGUAGAUUUUUACACAGUGACAAUAUCCCAGCAACAGCGAAUGGUUGAAUCACAGACCGUCUAUGAUAAGCUUGAAUACACCUUUAGCAAUUUAGAACCUGGACAGAAAUACUAUGUGGAAGUUCGGUCCGAAAAGGGCACGCUCAGCAACAGAGCAUCAGCUUAUGGAAGAACAGCUCCCGCUUCUGUCACGAAAUUAUCUGUCAACAACAUGUAUAGUACCCAUUCCUUAAUGGUGAGCUGGCAUGGAGCCACAGGAGUCAUGGACAGCUAUAUUGUUGAGCUUAUUAAUCCCCUGGGAGCUCAGAGGUUAGCCAACAGGACUGAGGCAGCUACAGUGAGACAGUGCAGAUUCGAAGGCUUGGUACCAGGUAAAAAGUAUCAAAUACGAGUCAUAACUGUGAGCGCCAGCCUUCUGAGUGAUGCAGUACAGGCUGAAGAACGAACAGUUCCUGCAGCUGUCACUGGUCUGAAAGUCACACGGAACAGUACCGAUAGCUUAACGUAUAACUGGAACAGCUCAGAAGGAGAAUUUGACCAGUAUGACAUCAUUCUUUAUAAUCCUGACAGAACUCUUCAGGACAAGCAGUUGGCCAGACCAAACUGCUUAGAAUAUAUUGCCAGAGGACUAGUACCAGGGAGGCUGUACAAAAUUGUUAUUGUCACACAGAGUGGAGAGCUGACAAAUGAGUCCUCAAUGUGGAGCAGGACAGUUCCAGCUGCUGUUACUGAUCUACAAGGAACAAACAGAAAUAAGACAGAGAGCCUGUGGUUCACAUGGAGGUCUGCAAGAGGACAUGUUGAAUUCUAUGAUGUAACUCUUUACAGUCAUAACAACACAACACAAGAAAGAAGGAAUGGUACAGACAUAAAGGAGUGCCAUUUUCAUGGGCUGAUCCCAGGAAGGAUUUAUACAGUUGUUAUAGUGACUCAUAGUGGAGACCUGACAAAUAAAGCUUCUAUCUCUUCAAGAACAGCCCCACAGCCUCCAAAGGCAAUGUCAUUUUCUGAUGUAACAAAUACCUCAUUGGAAAUAAAGUGGGAAAACCCUCCUGACUGGACUGACUUUGAUGCCUUUCAGUUGCAGUGGACUCCAAAUGAUCCACUUGUUGUGGUAAAUAAUCCUUAUAGUUCUUCAAAAUCAAAUGCUCGCAUCAUACAUCAUCUUCGUCCAGGUCGCAAUUACAUGUUCAGCAUCAGAAGUGUCAGUGGAAUUUUACAUAAAACCUAUAGUGAACCUCUGCAUGGAAGCAAACGAACAAGACCAGAUAACAUUCCUCACCUCCACUGCCGACCACAAAACUCUACCUCAAUCUCUUGCUCCUGGAGCUCACCAGAUUGUGAUUAUGAUGGCUACAGUAUUGAAUGCCACCAUAUGGAUACUAACGAACUUGUUUUUUCGAAAAGAACAGGCAAAGAUACCCACGUAUACAGCAUCAUGAACUUAGAACCUCACAAACGAUAUCUGGUCUCUGUCAAAGUCAUAUCAGACUCAAUGACUAGUGAUGUAGUCAAAGACAGCGCAAUAACAAUGAUUGAUCGUCCUCCUCCUCCACCUGUGCAUAUCCGUGUGAAUGAGAAAGCUGUGCUGAAGACCAAGUCUACUAUCUUGUUCAGCUUCAACUGUAGCUGGUUCAGUGACAUCAACGGAGCUGUUAAAUACUUCACUGUGAUUGUGACCGAAUCAAAUGAUAAUGAUAAUGUAAUGCCAGACCGCCAACAUCCUCUGCCUUCCUACCUGGAAUACAAGAACAAUAAUUCCAUAAAAGUCUAUCAGACAAGUUAUUUUUUCAGUAACUGCUCUGAGAAGUUGGACAAUAAUUACCAGAGCUUUAACAUAAAUAUUGGAAAUCAGAUGGAAAUUCUAGGAGGGAAAUGUGAUCCGCAUGUGCAGAAAUUCUGUGAUGGGCCUCUGAAAUCAAGGACAGCCUACAGGAUCAGCAUCCGAGCUUUUACACAACUUUCUGUUGAAGAUGGCAGUGGGUUACCUGAACCUCUGUACUCUGACACUUACUUUUCCUUGCCCAUCAGCACUGAGUCAGAAUCUGUAUUUGGCAUCAUAGGAGUAUGUGCUGCUUUAUUCUUGAUUAUCAUGGUUUCUGCAAUCAUCACUUUAUUAGUGUGUCGGCAAAGAGGAAAACAUGCCAAUGCUAGAGACAGAACUCUACUGAGAAUAAACAAUCGUAGAGAGAGAUCAGCCUCCGUCCACGUACGUUUUGGACACCAAAGCAGUCCACCAACAGCAAGCCCAAUUAAACUCAAUCAGUUUGAAAUUAAUUUUGCCAAACUACAGGCAGACUCCAACUACCUUCUGUCUGAGGAGUAUGAGCAUCUUAAAGAUGUUGGUCGUAACCAGUCUUUUGACACAGCACUUCUGCCAGAGAACCGAGGAAAAAAUCGAUAUAACAAUAUAUUGCCUUAUGAUUCAUCAAGAGUGAAGCUUUCCUAUGUGGAUGAUGAUCUCUAUACAGAUUAUGUAAAUGCCAGCUACAUCCCAGGAAAUAAUUUUCGAAGAGAGUACAUUGCUACUCAGGGUCCACUCCCUGGAACCAAAGAUGACUUCUGGAAAAUGAUAUGGGAACAGAAUGUACAGAACAUCGUCAUGGUUACACAAUGUGUUGAGAAAGGAAGGGUAAAGUGUGACCACUACUGGCCCUUCGAUCAUGAUCCAUUAUAUUAUGGUGAUCUCAUUGUACAGAUGGUGUCUGAGUCAGUCUUACCUGAAUGGACAAUAAGAGAGUUUAAGAUCUGCAGUGAAGCUCAGCAGAAUUACUCACGAAUAACUCGCCAUUUCCACUAUACAGUAUGGCCAGAUCAUGGUGUACCAGAAACAACUCAGUCCCUGAUCCAGUUUGUCAGAACAGUAAGGGAUUACAUCAACAGAAGUCCUGGUGCCGGGCCCACUGCUGUGCAUUGCAGUGCUGGAGUUGGUAGAACAGGCACUUUCAUUGCUUUGGAUCGAAUACUGCAGCAACUGGAUUCAAGAGACACAGUGGACAUUUAUGGAGCAGUUUAUGAUCUUAGAGUUCACAGAGUAUAUAUGGUGCAAACAGAGUGCCAGUAUGCCUAUCUACAUCAGUGUGUCCGUGAUGUUUUACGAGCAAGAAAGUUGCGCAAUGAACAAGAAAGACUAUUGUGUCCAAUUUAUGAAAACGUGAAUCCAGAAUAUCAAGGAGAUAUUUUUACAAGGCGUUAAGAAUGCAACCACCUUCUACUUGUCUACGCAAGACAGCAGAGUUAUGACCAUAUUAUCCUUUGGGAUUUAAUCUUCUUCCUGUCUGACUCUUCUAACCAUAUUUUUGUUUGGGUCAGAGCUUGUUCUUAAGGUAUUAGAACUACAACAACUUUGUCUUUUGGGAUCAUAAAAUGCAGAUAUUUUAUAACUAAUCUGUGCACUACACGAAUGCCAGGCAUUCAUUUUAUUAUGUGUAUAAUUUAUUUGUCUGGUAUCCUUUAAUGAAUUCAUGUAAUUUAUUGUAUAUACUUGUAUUCAAGUACUAUUGAUAUUAUGUAAAUAUGUAUUUUUUCAUAUUUUUAUAUUCAAGUACAUAUUUUCAGUUCUCGUGUUAGACUUUAUGAAUAAGGUUUAGAUAAGCUAUCAGGGGUAAGAUGCAUAAUAAAUCCAAAUAUUGUCAGAAAUAAAAUGCUUUUUUUUAGUUAAGGAUUAGCACAAGCUAACUAUUGCUUUGGACCUUAGAUCAAUGUUAAAUGUGGUCUUCAGAGGGCAAGACAACAUGAGAACUGUAUAUGCUUUCCAGUAGUAACUCUCUUGUCACUCCAAAUUCAGAAUAUUUUGAAAGUGAACCUAAUGAUUAACUUAGCUACUUCUUAAAUGUGCUCAACAACUACAUUGAAGCAUUUGGUUCUGAUCCCAGCACUUUAUAAUGCACUGCUUUUGGAAUUCUUAUGCCGUGACAGUUCACUUUAAAAAUAAGUUCAUUUGCACCGAUGGGAACCACUAGGAAGUUAAGUUGUUGUUAAGUAGCUGAUGCAGGGCCUGUAAGAAUGUUACACAUAAUCAGGAUUUGUUUAACUCAGCCAAGGGCCUCUGUACAAGUAUUAACUUCAGACUUCCAUGUCAUUGUGUAAUAUAUUGCAGUUCUAUAUGUAGCAUGUUAGAAACAAUACAAUUGACAUAUGUUAGGGUUAUAUGUAUCUGUUAGAUAUCCCAGCAGAAGGGAUAAUACUACAUUCGACUGUGACAGAUUGCAUUCUCAUGUUUUUUGUUAUGACUUCACUCAUGGCUUUGACAAGCAGUGUUCAGAGUAUGAGAACAGUGUUUAUGAUCUAACACAGGUUUUCCUACUGUCAACACUCCCAGGUCAAACAAAAUAAUUGUCCCAUUAACUUUUGAUAAACAUAUGGAACUUCUUAAUUCACAGAAUGGCAUGCUUACUUUGUAUUAGAUCAAGCAGAUUUGCUAGCUAUCAGUCUUAAAGUGCUAGAAAUGGACUAAAUCAUUGUCACUCAAUGCUCUAGUUCCAAACUGAGGAGGAACUCCUUUGUCCCAAUUCCUGCUGUUGACAAAGAAAAGCCAUUAACAUUGGUAGAAGUCUAUUAUUUCCAUAUACUUUUAAUAAACAGAAUGAAAAUACGUAUGCUAUUUGCAAUAAAAGAAGUUCUUCUCAUGAAGUCUUAUAACUGUUUAUUUGUACUAUUUAUACAUGUAAUAAAAUCAGAAGAGGUAACAUUAA